UGCACACAAAGCAGGAAGCAGACCGCCGACCCUCGUGUGCGGUUAGCUCGGAGCUAAAGCUAAAAACAAUUUGUUAAAAUGUCCAAAAGCCAAACACUGAGAGCUUUGGUGAAUGAGCGGCUGACUGCGGCUGCUGAAGAGAUCUUUGCGCUGUUUGAAAGAACGAUAGCGGAGUAUGAGGAGGAAGUGUGUCGCUCCAAAGAGGAGAACCAGAGGAAACAGGAGCUCCUGGACUCGAUACUGAGCCCCUCAAAGAGUCCUGGUCCCGGUCUGAACCAGGACCCUCCACACACUCCACGGAUUAAAGAGGAGCCACAGGAGCCACAGGAGCCAGAGGAGCUGAGCGUUAAACAGGAGGAACACACGCUCCUAGUUCAGGUGUCAGUGGGCGUCCCAGAGUCCAGUGCCGUUUGUGUGAAGACAGAAGAGUCCUCACUGCUUCAACAAAGACAAACUGAGCUCAGAGAAGAAACACAGGGAGAGAACAUCAGCGCAGAGACACAUUUACACUCCUCUGACACUGCUGAUAAAGUCUGGAGAGCUCGGUUCAGCUGUUCAGCUGCACAGAUGGAGACAGACGCUGAUGGAGACCACGACAACCAAGUCCAGAAAGGUCAAAGGUUGAGAGCUUUGGUGAAGGAGAUCUUUGCGCUGUUUGAAAAAAUGAUAGCGGAGUAUGAGAAGGAAGUUUGCCGCUCCAAAGAGGAGAGCCAGAGGAAACAGAAGCUCCUGGAUUCAGCGCUGAGCCCCUCAAAGACUCCUGACCCCGGUCUGAACCAGAACCGUUCACAGACUCCACGGAUUAAAGAGGAGCCACAGGAGCCGAGUGUCAAACAGGAGGAAGAUGCGCUCCUAGUACAGGUCUUAGUGGGCGUCCCAGAGUCCAGUACUGCCUGUGCGACAACAGAAGAGUCCUCACUGCUUCAACAAAGACAAACUGAGCUCAGAGAGGAAACACAGGGAGAGGACAUCAGCGCAGAGACACAUUUACACUCAGAGACUGAGGGAGACACAGAGAACUCCUCUGACACUGAUGAUGAAGACUGGAGAGCUCCACUCAGCUGCUCAACUGCACAAAUGGAGACAGACGCUGAUGGAGACCACUACAACCAAGUCCAGAACUCCAGUCUAUCCCCCAAAUACAAGUCUGCACCAGAGACCAGUGCCACUGUGAACAAUGCAGACAUGUCAGGAACAGCAGAAGGAGCUGAGGACAAGAAACACCAGUGCUCUGUGUGUCAAAAGAGGUUUGGGACUGUGCAGAAAUUACAAAGACACAUUAUAAUUCACACAGGAGAGAAACCAUUCAGCUGUUCAACCUGUGAGAAAACAUUUAACCAAAAGGCAAAUCUAGAUAAACAUGAAAAGCUACACAAUGGAGAAAAACCUCACACCUGUAUAAUCUGUAAAAAAACAUUUACCCAAAAAACAAGUCUAGAUUACCAUUUAAUGAUCCACACAGGAGAGAAACCUUACAGCUGUUUAAUCUGCAAGAAAACAUUUACUAAGAAAACUAGUCUAGAAUAUCAUGUAAAGAUACACACUGGCGAGAAACCUUACAGCUGUUUAAUCUGUAAGAAAACAUUUGCCCAUAAAGUGAAUCUAUCUUACCAUGUAAAGAAACACACAGGAGAGAAACCAUUCAGAUGUUCCACCUGUGACAAGGCAUUUGCAAUAAAGGGUCAUCUAGAUAAACAUUUAAAGAUACACACAGGCGAGAGACCUUUCAGCUGUUCAAUGUGUGAGAAGACUUUUGCCACAAAGUAUAAUCGAGAUAAACAUGAGACGACACACAGAGAAACUGUUCAGGUGAUCAAGCAGUAAAUACAUUUUCUAAAAAGUAGGGAUGGAACGAUUCUCAAAAAAAAGAUCCAAGCAUUGGAUUCUGGGGUUUCGAUUUGAUUCUGAGUUGAAUUGGAUUUUCUCGUGUCCCUCCAUGUGCACCGCAUUGUCACUUUGGCACGGGCAGGAACAGGUCAAGCCUGGGGUCCUUUCUUAGAUACAGAAACUAAUCGGCUUUACAGAGACUCACUGCUGGUAUAUUCUAAGAGAGGUGAGUUUUAUCUUUCAGACACUUUUUAUUUUGCAUUGAUAGACUCAGAAAUAAACUUUGAAAUACUCCAAACUCGGCUUUGUUAAUACACACGCAGCUUGUACUACUACAAUCUUUUUUAAAAAUACAGUCUCCUCAGUUUGACUUAAAUAACUCAUUUGGACAUUAUUACGUCUUAUAACAUGUUUAGUGGUGAAAAGAAGAGAGGAAAGAGAGUUUUUAUCAGGGGGAGGGGCUGCUGUUGAGAACAAGGAAGAAACACAGAUACACAGACAUGAGUGAGUCAGGAUGAGCAAAGACUUUUACCAACAAAAUUAUAUACUGUAAUUUCUGUACUAUUGAGCGCACCUGAUUAUAAGACACAUCAACAAAAUAUUAAAAGUAAUACAUUUUUUUACAUAUAUAGGUCGCACUUGUCUAUAAGCUGCAGGUGUCCAUGCUGUAACUUGAGAUAUUUACACAGAAAGAUUUUUUUAUUUUUUUAUUAAAUACCAUUAUGUGCUUUUUUCCGAACAGUGCCUGUAACACGGCAGUAAAACAACAUUACGACCUUACAACAGGAUUAUCAGACUACAUCCUCUCGUCAUUUAUGCACUCACCUGAAUUUAACACAUAUGGGUCAUUAAAACGUGUCCCACUCACUAAUUUAGCAUCAUAAUUUAUUUUAUCACACAGUGAGAAACCGUUUUAGUGCUGACAACAGCUCUAGCUAGUGUUUCAACUUCAUGUCAGACAGUGACGCUUUCUGCACUCAGGCUGUGGCUCAUCUGCUGUGUUGAUAAGCAAAUAAUCUGUCCAUAUAUUAGCCGCAUUGUUAUAUAAACCGCAGGGUUCAAAAGUUCAAAUAUAUAAUAUAAUAUAUCAAUUGUAUUGUAUUAUAAUUAAUAAAAUAUAAUACAUUUAAAUACUAUAAUACAUACACACACACAAUAAGUUUAUUUUUUAUUUAAUUUAGAAAGUUAUUUUUAUUAUAAAUCAUUUAUUUCAGAUAUCUACAAUAGGAACAUUAAAUCUUAUGAUUUAUUGUUCAUGCCAACAAAAGUUCUGAUCAUUAAUAACAAUGACUGUAUUUUCUAACUCAAUGUUAAUGAUAUUUUGUAUUUUAAGGGAACAAAUAAUGUUCAUUUAAAGAAGUUAUCAAAUUCGAAGAGAAUCAAAAAUUGGGAGUCCAAAAUCAAAAGCCAAAUCGAAUCAGAAGUUAAAUGAAUCGUCCCAUCUCUACAAAAAAGUGUAAUCUAGAAGCACAUUUGAGAACACACAGGUGAACGACCUUACAGCUGUUUAACGUGUAACAAGACACAAACAUCUAAUUAGAGUAAUCGUGUUAAAUGUGUGAGAACACACACCGGUGAGAAACCUUACAGCUGUUUGAACUGUAAUAAAAGGUAUCGACUAGUACUUGUAUAUCAUUUGAAAAGACACAUGACAACUCACAGAACAGAAGUGACUGAAGUUUUUUUUUUUUGGUUGUGUUCAGUUUUGUGUUGGAUUCUGCUGCUGAUGACUCAAAUACAGAUGUUUGCAGCUGUCAUCUGUUUAAAGCUCCUGUACCUGAUUUUGAACCAUAACAGAGAAACAACUCAGAGUCACAGGCAGCUGCUUCUGCACUUUUACUAUACACUGCAUGGUGUAAAGGCUCUUCUCCUGAAAUACAAGAAAAUCUCCUCAAAUCUACAGUGGCUUUCUGUUGGCUUUCAAUGAAUUACAAAACAUAAGGACAUAUAUAAAUGAGAAUAUGUAUUUCUUCUCUAAGGGUUAAUUUGUGAAAGUUCAUGGUAUUGUAUUAGCUGUAAUUUUAAUUAUCUUUAGAAGAGUGACUGUGUUAAAGGUCAUGAACUUUUACACGAGACGGGUGUGUCCAGACACACGACAGAGAAAAAUGUGUAUCCUCUGUAUGCAGGUUAAGCUCUAUCUUAUUUAUUUUUUAAGAGUUCAGGCUGCAAACCCUGACUUUUAACCUUGAAUGUUUUUAGACAAUAUCUGUCAUUUUAAGGAAAUCAUAUUAUGCAAUUUUCUGUUAUUUAUGUGGAUCAUUAUUUUACAUGUCCAUUGUAAACCACAUUAUUGAUCUAAAACUAUUUGAUUAUAGAAACAAGUUCAUUCCUGUUCAAAACUGCAGGACGAUUCUCCUGGGUUUGAGGUGUCCGUGCUAAAUAUUUGUAAAUCCUUUCUUUGGUCUUAAGGACUGUUCAUAAUUGUAACACAUUUUUGUUUCUGAUUUAAUACAAAACAAUUAUAUUUUUUAAAAAUCGUUGUAA